AGUACUAUUUAUUUUGACACAGUUAAACUAUGAAUAACCUACACAGGGUCUCUGAACACAUAAGACGGUUUUGUCGGACCGGUUCAAAUGUGGCUGACUCAUCAUGCUACUAAAAAAACCAAAUACCAAGGUUAGGUGUAUAAAUAAUGACAGUGAAAAAAGACUAGACUUUUUGUAGUACCUAGUGAGUUGUCAAAUGAGGGGUGAAAAAAUUUGCUGAGGUUUAUAACUGUUUGACAAGAAACCAAAAAAUCAUUUGCUUGUGAAUCAAAAUCUCUCGGCCAAAGCAAAGGUUUUAAACAGUAGCCUUGGAAUGUUUGGGGGUCCUGGCCUGUUUUUUGGGAUUUGCAUCUUCAAAAUUCAUUUGGUACCCUUUCUCUAGCUUUACUUCAUAUAUAUAUUACAAAACCUCUCUCACACAUCAUCAUCAUCAUCACAUUCAUCAUUUUGUUCAUUCUCUUGAAGAAAAAUGAAGGGAAGAAGAUUCUUAUGUCUUAUACUACUAACUCUUCAUAUAGUAAGUUUGUUUGCAAAGAGGCCAUUUCUUUCAUCUCAUGACAUUUCACAUUCAGCUCAAGAAAAGGCACCACUACUAUCUUCACCACCUUAUACCAUUGAAUCAAAAAAGUUGAAGGGUAUAAUGGGAAGAGAUGGAAUGAGAAAGAAAAGGGAGGAAGAAAAUGAUAGAGGAGUGAGUAAAAUAGGGUCAAGUCCACCAAGUUGUGAGCACAAAUGCUAUGAUUGUUAUCCAUGUGAAGCUAUUCAAGUUCCAAGCACAAGUAAUCAUUUAGGGAUUAUGUAUGCAAAUUAUGAGCCUGAGAGUUGGAAAUGCAAGUGUGGUCCUUCUCUCUAUAGUCCAUGA